GAGAGGCGAGGCGAGGCGAGGCGGAAACAAAAUGUUCGUAUUUGACCUUACGUAUGUUUAACCACAAGGCACCUGCACAUGCAGCCAAAGUUGAUCAUAAUUCAUAUAGUGGCCGAAUCGGGCGUGGAAGAACGCUGUUUGAUAACCAAGCCAUAGUAAAGGGCUCAGAAUGCCUCCACCUUUGCCGGCCCUCAUUGUCGUACCACCUUCCACAGCACAAGACUGACCUCUUUGCUGAUUCCAGACCUAAUGUAUUACACAAAAACUCAAAGUUCUCUGUUCGCGAUCUACGGUUGUUGCUUAGGUCGCCUCGCGGUGUCGUGCGGUCGACUUCUCCGGUCGGGUGAAGCGAUGUGGUUAGAACUACGUUUUUGUUAAGUACGUGACUUUACAUGCCCGUGGGUUAAGUUGAUAUCAGUCAAAAGAUACCGCCAUCUGCCUCCAGGGAAAAGUGUAACGUCGUCUGUGGUCCUUCCGGGGUUUCCAUGGCGUUGACGUCAGUGGAUACACUUGCGACCUGCGUGGGAGGACCAGCGUCCUCCUCUUACAAUGCGGUGUGGGGGCGGGACUCAGCAACAUCCUCCCGUUCCUCGUGACCGACCAACCGCCUGUAUUGAUUUGACGUUGGUUUCGUUUCAGGAUAAGCCCCAGGGCUCGUGGAAGAACCAAGUAUUCGCCCCCGCCGACGAGAUUGACGAUGAAAUCAUCAACAAAAGUCCCGCAGAACAGCGCGAGGCCUACGAUAUGCUGGAGGACAACAUAUUCUACAUGUUCUCUAAGGACGGCAAGACGAUUCAGAUCGGCAAAUUUCUGGCCGCCCUGCGGGAGACCGGGCUGCGCAAGAACGACCGCCGCCUGCAGGAGAUGAACGACAGCCUGCACAAGGUGUUCCUGGAGCGGGAGAACCUGCCCGACGUGCACAGCCCGGAGAGCCAGGUGCUCGAUCUGCCCACGUUCAGACGGCUGGUGACGGGCAACAUUCACGUGAUCUCGCGCGCCAUGCGGCAGCGCUUCGUCAUCCCCGACUUCACCAACUUCUGCCGCGACGUGGAGGCCAUUUACUGGCACUGCAAGACGUCGCCCGGCGGCAAGGACGGCGAGGUGGCCUCCUACAUCCCGCAGCUGGCCCGCGUCGAGCCCAACUACUGGGGCGUGUCCGUGUGCACGGUGGACGGCCAGCGCUACUGCAUCGGGGACGUGGCCGUGCCCUUCACCGUCCAGUCCAUCAGCAAGCCGCUGACGUACGGUCUGGUGCUGGACGAGCUGGGCCAGGAGCUGGUGCACCAGUACGUCGGCCAGGAGCCCAGCGGUCGCAUGUUCAACGAGCUGGUGCUCGACCACAACAAGAAGCCGCACAACCCCAUGAUCAACGCCGGCGCCAUCAUCGUCUGCUCGCUGUUACAGACGCUGGCCCACAAGGACAUGAACCUGGCCGAACGGUUCGACCACGUCAAACAGUACUUCUCGCGUCUGGCCGGCGACGAAUACGUCGGCUUCAACAAUGCCGUGUUCCUGUCGGAGCGCGAGGCAGCCGACCGCAACUACGCCCUCGGCUUCUACAUGCGCGAGAACAAGUGCUUUCCAGCCAAGUCCAAUCUUCGCGAAGUUAUGGACUUCUACUUCCAAUGCUGCUCGAUGGAGACGACGUGCGACGCCAUGUCGGUGGUGGCGGCGACGCUGGCCAACGGCGGCAUCUGCCCGACCUCUGAGGAGAAGGUCAUGUCCACCGACUCGGUGCGCGACGUGCUCAGUCUCAUGCACAGCUGCGGCAUGUACGACUACAGCGGGCAGUUCGCCUUCAACGUGGGUCUGCCGGCCAAGUCGGGCGUCUCCGGUGGUAUGAUGCUGGUGGUGCCGAACGUCAUGGGCAUAUGCUUGUGGUCGCCGCCGCUCGACAUGUACGGCAACUCCGUGCGCGGCAUCCAGUUCUGCAGCGAGCUGGUCAACAUGUUCAACUUCCACCGAUAUGAUAACUUAAAGUACAGCACGGACAAGAAGGACCCAAGGCGGCACAAGCACGAAACAAAGGGCAUCAACAUUGUGAACCUGCUCUUCUCCGCAGCUUCAGGGGACGUUAGCGCCAUGAGAAGGCACAAGCUGUCGGGGAUGAACAUGUCGGAGCGGGACUACGACGGCCGGACGGCGCUGCACGUGGCGGCGGCCGAGGGCCACCUCGAGUGCGUCGAGUUCCUGCUGCACCACUGCGCUGUGUCGCCGGCCAUCCGCGACCGCUGGGGCAACACGCCGCGCGAGGACGCCGUGCGGUUCCAGCACGAGCGCGUGGCCGAGCUGAUCGGCCGCUGGGCCAGCCAGCACGCCACCGACGGCGAGGAGCGCGAGCAGCCGGCCGGGCCGGGCGAGCCGACGGCGCCGGCCGGACCGGGCGAUCACGACGGGCCGACGGACAGGCCGGCCACUCCCGGCAGAGCCGCCGGCGAGUAGACCGGCGGCGAGCGGGCUGUGACCUUCUCAGGACAUGCCGAACACGAGACGGCGGUGGUGAAUUGCUCAGCGCAUGCCAAACGCCACGGACGGGACACCCCAACAGUGAAGUGUGCAGGGUGCGCCGAACGCACCGAAGUGAGAACUGACCUGACGGAAGAUCCCCAGUGGUGAGAUGUGUAGAACACACCGGGCGCACGACCCCGGUGGUUUGUCGCUCUGGGCUGGUGCCACCAGGCACAGAGGCGACCAGUGAUGAAGCCUCAAACCACAACAGACGUGUCAGACCCACGGCGCCGCGAUACCCACGUUCAGUACGUGCAUGUCUCGGUGCAUCUCAACGCGAAGGAUCACUGGCGAAACCCAUGACGGAUUGCUGAUCGGUGACAUGCGUGCUCUCCAGUACGUACCAAGCACACGGGGGCACCACCGACGGAGGCCUCGAUCGCGUACGGGUAAUCCCCCAGAGCACAUCAGAAGCAGAGAACGAACAUUCGUUAGGCCGCGUCCCUUUGAACAGCGCGACCAAGUCCGGACCGGUAUCCAGGGUCAGGGAGACGUGUCCGUUGUCGAUGAGCCGCAGUCAUCCGACGGGAGAUGAUCGGCACGGAGAAUGCAGACGUCGACUUGCCGGGGGUCACUCGCAACCCUGGCGCCGGGUGACUUGCAGUGGCAAGUUGCGGUGUCUUGUCGCGGAUUUCAUGUUUUGCAUGUAGGGAGCGUACUGUCGGAAUACCGUUCUGUGAUAGAUCAGUGUUAGUUCAGCACGCCGUCUCAGCCGCUCCCUUCAGCUAGUCAGAUCUCGGUCUCGCGGUGUCAGUCGUGUGCCGUUCUCCACAGGCGCUCUCCAGGCAUGGCUGAGGGGCCCUGUGUCGGCGCGCCCCGUAGGGCUCAGUCUCGGACCGGGACGUCGGGUUGUGCCAAUGGUGGCGGUCGAUGCGGAGCCGGUCCGUGCCGCUCGCCAGUCCGCACCUCUGUGAUUGCUGGCGCGGCUGCGCGGUGCCAGUUCGCCGCCUCAUCUCGUCGAAUGGUGUGGACCGGCGGCGCCGAGCUGGCGACGCGCCGGGUGGGAGCGCGCGCGGGAGUGUCUGCGUGCGCCAAACGCAGACCUGUGAUCGGGCGCGCCGACGUAUGAGGUGCAGUUCCCGUUAGCGUGAUGCUCGCUUCUGAACAUGUCGGCGAGAGCGGGCGACCGUUACGCUCGACUGACGCGUUUUUGUCGCCCGGAAGGUUAGCUGCACUGGCGGGACCGGGCGUCGCGGUACUUGUUCGCGGCGAGUCAUGACUCGAGGCGCGUCGGUGACUUCGUAACUGUCUGUUUCUCUUCGUUCUGUGACUGGGAUAGCCGAGGCCCGCCGUGGCAAGAUCGGCCAGCUGUGAACAACAUGCUUCCAGACUGAUAUGCUUGCGUUCAGUGCGGAGGAUGGCGGCGUGCAGUGCUGUGCUCGUCCCGUGAGCUGUGGAGUGAAUUCUGGUCGGUGCUGCGGUCUGAAGCACCGCCGCUCGCUGUCCGGCCCGGUGCAGUUGUUUCCUGAAGCACCCUUCCGGUGGCCGUUUGUCGGUGUUUGUGUGUCUGUGUGUGUGCGUGUGUGUGUGUGUGUUUGCGUGCUCGCGCAUGAUGCCUGGUUCGACGAGAUUGUCCCUUACUUCGCUCUGUAGACAAUGUUCAGCGCCCUUUUGUCUCCUUUACUAACUGGUGGUGAUGCCACUCACCUCCGUUGUACAGAAAAAAACGUGUGGAUGGCCAACUACUUUUCAUCUGUUCCUCAUAUUCAUGUUGAGACUACGCUUGCCGCAUAGUCGUCGUAUAUGCCGUGAUAGUUCAGUGUUGAUACUUCCAGUCAACCGAUAGGCUCGUAUUUCUCUUAGGAACCAAUUCUGUCCGGGCUGGGUUUCCACGGCAUACCGCGUGUCGUCUCGAGCCUCGUUCUGCCGUAGUCGCUGGCGGUUAGCCAGGGCCCGUGGAGCCGUGUUGUCUGUCCCGCCCUCCCCCGAGGGUGGUGUUGGCCCGUCGCCCGCGCCACGCGGCUCCGAUCUGUGAAUCAUUGUUCUGACGUGCGGUUAUAGACUGGAGCAAUACACGUAAUGUCUUGAAC